GAGAGGAGGCGACCACCAUGGGGCCUGGGAGGCGAGUCAGGGUCGCCAAAUGCCAGAUGCUGCUCACCUGCUUCCUUGUCUUGCUGCUGAGCCUCUCUGUGGCCACCUUGGCGGUGCGUGCUCACUUCGGGGACCACUUUGCCGUUGUCAGCCAGGCAUCCUUGGAGAGGAACCCGUGUGAGGCCAUGAGCCACUGGGUCUUCUACACGGGCAUCAGCCUGGCGGGGCUGCUGAGCCUGGGAGCUGCCCUGAGCGCCGCGGCCACCACGAGAGAGGCCCAAGGCCCCCUGGCCAUGGGCUUCCUGUGCUUCGCCCUGGUGUUCUGCAGCCUGGUGCAGGUGGCCUUCUGGAGGUUCCACAACCCCACCCAGGUAGAGGACGCCAUGCUGGACACCUUCGACCUGGUGUACCAUCAGGCAGUGAGGAGCCCAUCCAGAAUCCGGGCACAGGAGCUGGCCGCCAUCCAGGACACGUUUCUGUGCUGUGGGAAGAGGUCUCCUUUCCAACUUCUGGGGAGCGGGGAAGUCGACCCCUGCCAGGGCGAGAAGGCAGCAGGAGAGGACUGUCUGCAGAGCAUCCGGAGCUUCCUGAAGACACAGCAGAACAUUGCCUCCAUGCUGACCAGCGCUGGCCUGGCCCUCACGGGCUACGCCAUGCUGCUCAGCUCCUUCCUCUGGGCUGCCGUCCGCUCCGGCCGUGGCUUGGACCGUAGAGGCAAAUACACCCUGACUCCACGAGCCUGUGGCUGCCAGGCGCAGGAGCUCAGCCGCUUCACACACUCCCAGGGUGGACCUGCACCUCGACACCCCUCCGAAGCAGAGACUCUUGCUGGUCAUCAGGGUCCAAGAGGAUGCUUGGACGAACCUCAUCCACUUCAGGGCUAAUGAGCUGAUGAGACCCUGUCCCACCACCAGUCUGCCCACAGACACAAAGGCACCAGACAGGCUUCACAGGAUCCGUAAGGAAGCUGGGCAGCAUCCUUCAGGUGGUGGGGAAGGAGAGAAGACCCAGCCAGACAGACAGACUCCACGCAGAGCAGAGGGAAGCCACAGCAAUUCUCUGACACUGCAGAAUGGAAAGGGGCGAGGACAGAGGAGACAGGGAGCACGGGAGAACCGGAGUACCAGGCUCGCCACAAGGACGGCCACUGCUGACCAAGUCCAGGGCAGGGGCCCGAUUCUGGGGGCCCCAACAGAUGAGAUCUGUCCCCUGCCUCAAAAGAAAAGCAGGAGAUGGCGAAACAGGAAAACAACCUUGCUUGCCGGGAGGAGGUCCUGGGACGCGGAGCGAGGGUUGUCCCCGGCCACCAACCACAGUCUGCCCAGCACAGGUCUGCAAAGCUGGCAGUCCUGCCAGGGGGUAACCCGGUCGUUUUUCUGGGACUGGUCACACGGAGUCUUCCUGGCAUCAAGCAAACGGCGGCAGCCAUCUCCGUUUGCCCCUUGGGGCGUCCAUCAGAACUGUGACCCUGGAAUUCCAGAUACGUGGAGGGAAGAGCAGCCCAGAAAGGGGCAGUUCAGAGACAGAAGCAGAGCGCCGUCGGUCACGAGCCCUCUCCACGCUGCCCCUCAUCGCCACGCUGGCUUCCUGCUCCAACACACAGCACAAGCUCGGCGGCUCACAGCUCUGAGGCUCAGAGUCCAGGUGGGCUGGGUGGGUGCUCCUCUCAGGGUCUCACAGAGCCGAGUCCUCACCGGGACAGGCAGGAGGGGCCUCAUCCAGAGGCUGCUAGGAGGCUCGACUUCCAGGACCCCUCUGACUGUUGGAAGAAGCAGCGUCUUGGAAUUGUAGGCCUGAGGUCCCUUCUUCCUCUCCACCUGCCAACCGUGGUCACUUUCUGCUUUACGAGGUGACCCCAAUACUCCUUCUGUGCCCACCCUCACUCAACCCGCAAGUCUUCCUCAAGCUUCAGAUUCUCCGACUUCUACCAGCUAAGAAGGUCCCACGAGGAGCUGAGGCUACCUGCAUCCUCUCCCUAACUGAGAGUCUUUAAAUUGUGGUGAACACACAGACCCUGGAACCCCCCAUCUCAGUCAUCCUUCAGUGUCCGCCCAGGGCACUGAGCACGUCCACCCUGCUAGACCGCCAUCACCACCGUCCACUUCCUGAGCUUUCCCAUUCCCCAAACUGAAGCUCUGUCCCCAAAAUGCUGGCUCCCAGCCCUCUCCAGCCGCUGGAACCCACUGCACUUUCUGUCCCUGGGGAUCUUGGGACUCGGGGACCUCACGGAAAUGGAAUCUCACAACACUCAGAAUAACGUCCUCCAGCUCCACCACGUGCCAUGUGUCAGGACUCCUGGAGGAGAAAUCUUAUCACAUUGCCAGUGACGUCACAGUCCUGUUCCAAGGGAUUCGCGUGCCAUGAGCAGACCAGGCGCGUCUGUCUUCCCACGCGUCAGAGCACUGAACAUCGAUGAAUUCAUGAGCCACACGCUCUCGCUCACCACACUCGGGCUCGCUUGGUGGUGGACCGUGGCAGCCACAGCUGCCUUCAUUCCGUGCCAAUCUGAAGUACUGACGUCUCUCUCAAGUCACAGAGGGCACCUUACCGUCAUGUGCGGGUCACAGAACUGCCAAGAAAGGGCCAGCAGUGGCCACAGGGUUCAGCCACAGAGCCGCACAGAGCCAAGGAGCUGAUGCUGACCAGGUGGGCAGAUAAGGGUCGUGCCGCCCAGCACAGGGUCCAGCCGCAGAGCCCCAGGGACAGGCUGCCGCCUGCUCACCAGGUGAACUGCCUUAGGUGCGUCCCGCCUUCCAGGUGACAGCUGGGUCCUUGGUGCUCUGGGUGUUGGACAUGCUCAUGAGCUGGUGUCCCAGGUAACCAGAUUGACAGGCCCGUGUCCGCGUGCCUCUGAUCUAACCCUACAGGUGCUCGCGUGGUCCUUUUUAGCACAACCACGUCACCAGUUCAUGCCUCGCGACUGCUGCUCAGCUGGUUGGUUGUGUCCUUAACCUCUGUGCGUCCAUCGUCUGUGGUUUCCAGCUUGGCCGGACGAGUCACACGCCACUCUGCCUAGCGCUGGACUGGAAUGGAGACCUCAGGGGCUGGGGCUGGGAAAGGAUUCAGGACCCAGGCAGGAUGCGGGGCGGGCAGGGGAUUCCGAGGUCCUGCUUGCCCAUCCUCUGUCACUGGACACUAAACCGCCUCUCUGUUGAACUGUCUGAAUGUCUGCGGAGUUCACUCAGCCUCCGAGGUCCUGGGGCAGCUCAGCUCAGUAAAGAACUUCCACAAGCAGGGGUGGGCCCUACCUCCCACCAAGGCCAGCCAAGGGGGCUCCCCAAAUAUGAACCAUCCCACCAUGCCCAGCCAAUAGGUGAUGAGACCCACACAUCCACCCCUGUCUUUCUACGCACACGCACUUCCCAACAAGAAAGUGAGGGCCAGGUGCAGCUCAGUGGUGGACACCAGCCGGCCUAGCAUGUGAGGACCUGGGUUCCAUCCCAGCAUCGCCAAGAGCAACCAAGAAAGCCUCUCAUACAGCAAUUGCAGCAGGACUCACCCGCGAAGGGAGACGCCCCAGUGUCUCCAGGGUUCCUGCCUGGCAGCCCCCGGUCUCCAGGGGGCGGCUCCGCUCUGGCUCUGCAGCCUGUGGAACAGUCAGGAAGACCCGGGACUCUCUGGACGCAGUGGGGGAAAGAGCAGGCAGAAAGCAGGACCAGAGCUGCAGGCUUCACCCAGAGGGUGGGGAGCUCCCUUCCACGUCCCUCCCUCCCACCCAACUCUGGGCUCCAGCGACAGGCCUCGCCUGAAGGCCCGGACUCCGGGGACCUCACCUGGGGCCUUCCGGGGGCUCCGCGGCACCCACACCUUCGUCAUGCCUCCACUCAGAGCCCAGCGGAGCGGGAGAUGGAGCCCACCUGGGUGGGAGGAGCGCCUUCCUGCGACUCCCUGCCAGGCCGGCGCCUCCGGCCUCCCCGGCAGCCCUUCGCAGGGAGUGGGACGACAGGGCCGGGACGACAGG